AUGGGGAGAGCAGGAGCGGAGGCAGGAGAGAGCGUGGCUGCGGACACCUCCCUCAGUGAGCGGCGGGAGGCUCCACGCUGCGGCAGCUUUGAAGUAGUGACAAUUAAGCAGGGAAGUAGUAACAAGUAUAAGCGUGGAAGUAGUGACGAGUAUAAGCGUGGAAGUAGUGACGAGUAUAAGCGUGGAAGUAGUGACGAGUAUAAGCGUGGAAGUAGUGACGAGUAUAAGCGUGGAAGUAGUGACGAGUAUAAGCGUGGAAGUAGUGACGAGUAUAAACGUGGAAGUAGUAACAAGUAUAAGCGUGGAAGUAGUAACAAGUAUAAGCGUGGAAGUAGUAACAAGUAUAAGCGUGGAAGUAGUAACAAGUAUAAGCGUGGAAGUAGUAACAAGUAUAAGCGUGGAAGUAGUGACGAGUAUAAGCGUGGAAGUAGUAACAAGUAUAAGCGUGGAAGUAGUGACGAGUAUAAGCGUGGAAGCAAUGCAAAACAGAUCUAA